AUGGAGAUGGAGCAAACAACGGAAGAUAACAAAUGGGUGCUCGACUCAUCAGUCGACCGUAAAGGAAGAAUCCCUCUUCGUGCAAAGACCGGUUCAUGGAAGGCGGCCCUUUGCAUUAUAGUGAUUGAGUUUAGUGAGUGGCUAAGCAACUUUGCAAUAGCCACGAGCUUGAUCAUAUACCUUACGAAAGUGAUAGGUCAAGACGUGAAAACAGCCGCAAAGAACGUUAACUAUUGGUCGGGCGUCAUGACCACAAUGUCAUUGGUUGGCGCUUUUCUUGCCGAUUCUUACCUCGGCCGGUUUUGGACUGUCAUGGCUGCCUCUGCUCUUUAUCUCCUGGGGUUGCUCUUGCUGACCAUGUCAAGUGUGGUCCCUGCCCUGAAGCCCUGUGCUGGCGACACCUGUUCCGAGGCACGAAAAAUCCACACGACGUUCUUCUUCCUCGCGAUUUACCUAAUCGCGAUAGCAAGUGGCGGCCACAAGCCGACCCUCGAGAGCUUCGGUGCCGACCAAUUUGACGACGACCACCCUGAGGAGCGCAAGAAGAAGAUGUCCUUCUUCAACUGGUGGAACUCCGCAUUGUGUGCUGCGAUAUUCUUCUCGGCGACCGUGAUCGUCUACGUGCAGGACCACGUUAGCUGGGCCGCGGCCGAUGUCGUUAUCAUGUCCGUCAUGGGCUUUUCGGUGGUGCUUUUUUGGGCCGGUCGGCCGCUCUACCGCUUCCGGAAGCCCGCGGGUAGCCCAUUCACGCCGCUAGCUCGUGUGCUUGUCGCCGCUUUUGUCAAGCGGAAGCUUCCGUACCCGUCGGGAGUUGAUCGGCUUUACGAGGUUUCGAAGGGGGAUACGGUGGCUAGAGGGAGGCUCCUCGUCCACACGGAUCGACUCAAGUUUCUCGACAAAGCUGCAAUCAUCGAGAACGGACAACAAAGCCCGCCAGACGAUCCAAAAUCAUGGAGACUAGCGACUGUGACUCAAGUCGAGGAGCUAAAGCUCGUCCUCAACCUUAUCCCCGUUUGGUUGACGACCGUACCCUUUGCCAUAAGCAUAGUGCAGGCGACCACGUUCUUCAUAAAGCAAGGAACGAUGCUCGACCACACGCUCGGCCAACACAACUUCUCCAUUCCGCCUGCCUCCAUGUACGGCUUGGCCUCGGUCGGCAUGAUUGCCAUGAUCGCAAUUUACGAUUAUGCCCUCGAGCCCCUCGUUCAGAAAAUCACGGGCCGCGAGAGAGGCAUAACCGUUCUACGGAGGAUCGGAAUCGGCAUGGCCAUAUGCAUCCUCACCAUGUCGGUGGCGGCCACCGUUGAGCGGCGGCGGCUCAACUUGGUCCGGCAGGACCCCGCCCGCGGGUCGGCCUCGAUGAGCAUUUUCUGGCUGGCGCCGCAGUUUUUGCUAGUCGGGAUAGGGGACACGUUCGCGUUCAUCGGGCUUCAAGAAUUUUGCUACGGUCAAGUGCCCGACUCGAUGCGGAGCUUGGGGAUCGCGUUGUACUUUGGCAUGCUUGGGGCCGCGUGUUUCUUGAGCAGUCUUUUGAUAACGGCGAUUGACCAUGUGACGGGAAUUGGCGGGAAGAGUUGGUUCGGAAAGGAUUUGAACAGUAGUCGGAUCGACUGUUUUUAUUGGCUCUUAGCUGGGAUGACGGCUUUGGAUGUUUGCGUUUUUGUGCUCGUAGCUAGCCGGUACACGUACAAGAACGUGAGAAGGUCGACGAAUGUGGUUACCGAUUCUUAUGAAGGGAAAGACUGUGUUGAAACAUUGGCAUAG